UUUGAUGUGGUGACAGAUGACGGAUAGUCUGUGAUAAAAAUUAAAAUACCUUACAAAGAAACCAAGAAAGUACAAAGUUUGAGUGUUUUCUAAUUUAAAAUAUUGUUGUUUAUUUUGUAAAAGAUAAUAUUAUAGCAAAAUGUCGGAAAGAAAAGUUUUAAACAAAUACUAUCCUCCGGAUUUCGAUCCUUCGAAAAUUCCUCGUAUGAAAUUGGCGAAAAAUCGUCAAUACACAGUACGUUUGAUGGCCCCAUUUAACAUGCGAUGUGCAACUUGUGGCGAAUAUAUUUAUAAGGGGAAGAAGUUUAAUGCACGAAAAGAAGAUGUCGAGAAUGAAGAUUACCUGGGCAUAAGAAUAUACAGAUUUUACAUAAAAUGCACUCGCUGUCUGCAAGAAAUAUCUUUUAAGACAGAUCCGAAGAAUACAGAUUAUGAAAUUGAGGCAGGUGCUACUAGAAAUUUUAUGGCAUUAAAGUUGGCAGAGGAACAGGCUAAAAGGGAAGAAGAAGAACAAAAAGAGGAAGAGGCAAACAACCCUAUGAAAUUAUUAGAAUAUAGAACUGAACAAUCCAGGCAAGAAAUUGAGUUGUUAGAAAGUCUUGAGGAGCUGAAGGAGCUUAACCGUAGACAGCGUACUGUAGACUACGAGGGUUUGCUUAAACAGUACCAGGCAGAAACUGCAGAAGAAAGAAAGAUAAGAGAAGAAAAAGAAGACAAUGAAUUCAUUAAAUCAGUGAAAUUCAACAACACAACCAAACACAAAAUCGUAACUGAAGAAAUAAUUGAAGAAGUGCAAGAUGAUGAACCAAAAGCAAAGAACAUUAAAAUCGAAAGUGACACGAAACCCAUAGAACCUGUUUCAAAGAAAAAAAAUGAGACAUGGAAUCGAAGUUUGGGUGUCAUAUCUAAGAAACCAGCGCUAGCGAAUCUCGUGAGAAAGAAAACUGAGGAAACAAAGGUUGGAGUAGAAGAAAAUGGAGGAGAAAGUGUAAAAGUGCAAAAACAAGAAAAUGUGUGUGGAAACAGUAGUGCGAGUGUCCCCACUGCAUCGGGACUUUCGUUGUUGGCCGGCUAUUCAGGCAGUGACAGUGAUUCACAGUGAGUGAUUUGUUUUUACAUUGACAUAUCAUAUCACAUACAAAAAUAUACAUCAGUUACAAAAAUAUAUUUAUUUUUCUUACUUAAUCAUAACCAAUAGAGAGAAACAAUGUGCAGAGAUAAAUAUAUAGCAUACCAUCAUUGACCUCUUAUAAUAAAAGGAUGCACAAACAUGUAGAAAAAUUCUCUUAAAACUGGCCAAUUUUGCUUUGACAGUUUUAGAAUUAUUGGUAAAUAUAUAAUAAGAAUAUAUAAAAUAAAAGAAAAUUAUACCUAAA